AAUUUAAUUAUUUUAAAAUUUAAUCAUUAAUGUUUCACGGAGCCCGAAAAUAGGUGCACAAAUUCCAAAUUUUGAUAGAAGCUUUGAUUUUGUGAAAUUCUCAUCACAUAUUCCAAGAAAAAUAACCAAAUCCGCAAAGUAGCAACGGACCAACCGUCGAGUAUUUUCAUCAUAAAAAAAAAACAAAAAAACGAAGCAGCCUAAACAAAUUUCUUCUACAUAUUUCUGGGCCUCAAAUUAAUUUUACGAGUUUUUCUCAGUCUGUCUCAGCUGGAAAAAAUUGGCUUUGAUAGUGAUUCUUGCGCAUGCAUAGAAAAAGGGCUGAUUUUUUGGAGGAUAAUGGGAUUUUUGCAAAAUUUCAGGUUUGGAAAAUUAUUGGGUUCUGCAAAUGAUAGUAAAAAUGUUGGCUUUGGUUGGUUAAAGCAUGGUAAAAGGUGUAGAGCUUCUUGAAUUUGUGAGUUUGAGUUUCUGUUUAUCUUGGGGUUGAUAAUAAGAGAUUUGGGGGUUAUUUGUUUAGUGUGAAUUCCUUCUGGAAUGUUCCAGAAGGUGUUUAUUUUUAAUUCUUUUUUAAAAUGAUGCAUUUUGAAGUUUCUUUUAGUUGACAAUAGGAAGAAAAAUAUUCGAGAAAGUUGAAUUCUUUGUCAUCUUGGAUCUUGUCAGAUAUAUAUAAUAUAAAAGAUAAGAAUCUGUUUUCACAAUUGAGCAAGUUGCCUGUAGUGUGGGGUUCUGGAAACAAGCAUGUGCUUGUGAAUUGAUGGAGAUCUGAUCCGAGCUCAUAGCGAUCCUUACAAGUUGUUUGUGUGAUCUGGAGUGUGAUAAUAAGGUGUUUUGGUUUAAGUAGAUGCUUUGUUUCUUUAUUUUUUAGUUUAAGGGUUGUGAUUUUUGUUUAAGCCUGUGAUGGAUGAAGGUGCGUGCAGCACGAAUGCAUUGCCUCCUUUUCUUACAAAGACAUAUGAAAUGGUGGAUGAUCCAUCCUGUGAUGCCAUUGUCUCCUGGAGUUCGAGUAAUAAAAGCUUCAUUGUAUGGAAUCCUCCAAAUUUUUCAAGAGAUUUGUUGCCUAGAUACUUCAAGCACAAUAAUUUUUCCAGCUUUAUUAGACAGCUAAACACUUAUGGAUUCAGGAAAAUUGACGCUGAAAAAUGGGAAUUUGCGAAUGAAGAUAAUAAUUUUAUUAGAGGUCAGCCGCACCUUUUGAAGAAUAUCCAUAGGCGUAAACCUGUUCACAGUCAUUCUGCACAGAAUCUUCAUGGCCUGUCAUCUCCGUUGACUGAAUCAGAAAGACAAGGGUACAAGGAAGAUAUUCAAAAGCUGAAGCAUGAGAAUGGAUCACUUCACUUGGACCUACAAAGACAUGAGCAGGAUCACCAUGGACUUGAAUUGCAACUGCAGGUUUUGACUGAACGUGUUCAACAUGUGGAACAUCGUCAGAAGACCAUGCUCUCUGCUUUAGCUCGAACCUUAGGUAAUUCAGUAGCGGAUUUGAGCCACAUGCCACACCUUCAAGUAAAUGACAGAAAAAGAAGGUUGCCAGGAAACAGCUGCCUCUAUACUGAAAGUGACCUGGAAGAUACGCGAGGGUUUUCAUCGAAGGCUCUGACUAGGAAAAAUAUGAACCCAUCCUCUCUUUUGACAAUGAAUACAGAACGGUUAGAUCAGUUGGAAUCUUCUUUGACUUUUUGGGAAGAUGUUCUACACAAUGUUGAUCAAGCUGGGAUACAACAGAAUUGUUCACUGGAGUUGGAUGAAUCUAGAAGCUGUGCCGAUAGUCCUGCUAUAUCUUACACACAACUAGAUAUUGAUGUUGGGCCUAAGGCUUCUGGAAUUGACAUGAAUUCUGAGCCUAAUGCAAACCCUACUCCUGAUGCUUCAGAACCAGAUGACAAAGCAGCAGCAGGAACAUCUACUAUUGUUCCAACAGGAGUUAAUGAUGUAUUUUGGGAACAGUUCCUAACUGAGAAUCCUGUUUCUGAAGUACAGUCGGAGAGGAAAGAUAUUGCUAGCAAAAAGAAUGAAAACAAACCAGUUGACAGUGCAAAAUAUUGGUGGAACAUGAAGAGUGUAAAUAGCCUGGCAGAACAGUUGGGACAUCUUACUCCAGCAGAGAAAACUUAAUUUGGUAGGUUAUAUGAUAAAUGCCUUAUUCAUGUUGUGGCAUUCUGGCUUGUUGUAUAUCUAGUGUACUAGUUGUUUUAUUAGGAAGUAGAUAUAUGUGUUGAUAUGUAAAUUGAUUUUGUUCUUGCUAUGCAUUGCAUGAUAUGAGGGAAAUAUCGAGCUUCUGAAAAUUCUCUUGCA